GGGUGGGUCCUCCGGCAGCAGUAAAGGAAAACCCACCUUUUUUCAUUGUUAAGGACGCGGUGGAAUGUCAUGGUUUGAUCUCAAACGGACCAGGGAGGGGGAAUAUCUGAGAGGAAAGAACUGACGAAAUUGAUUUAGGGAACGUGGGAAGCCAAAAAACGCAGUCCCCCCUGUCGCCUCAACUCUCUGGUUGUAUCUGAGAAUAUGUGGAUGAACUUGUUCUCGCCGUGUCGGCAGCAGCGAGUCCUACCGUCCGCAUGAGCUCAAACCGUGUGAAGUUGUGGAUUUACCGCUGCGUUUUUCUGACCCGGCGGUGGACCAGCUAAGGAUGUGACUUUGCGUAGAGGAGCUUAACGUGCUACCGCCAAAACGAUCUAAAAUAUGACAGUUUUGUCUGCUAAACACCACUCUGAGGGAACUUCAAAGUCUUAAGGUGACAGUGACCGACAGACUGCUGAGAGGAAAGAGUAUUUCCCCAAGGACCUAAAGGACGUGAUAACACUACCACACAAAUGUGGACCUCCCAAAACAUUGUCAUCAAAUAAUCUGAAAAAAACAAAACUAAAGAUAUAACACAAAGUAUUUUGUAGCCAUGUCUGACCAUAAAGACAUGACGCAUCGCCACCUGCGGCACAAGCUACAGAGUCUCAGUCGAAGACUGGAUGAACUGGAAGAAGCAACCAACAAGCUGCAGAAGUCUGAGGAUGAGCUACUUGACCUUCAGGACAAAGUCAUCCAGGGAGAAGGCAGCAACUCAGCCCUGCUUGGAGAUGUGGAGGACCUGAGGAAACGUCUCCUAAAGAUCCAGGGUAAGGAUGAGGAGGUGCGCAAAGCUGAGGAUCUCUGCCGCACAGUCAGAGAGAAACUGGAGGAAGAGGAAAGCCUGACACAGGAGCUAAAGGCAGAGAUUGAACGUCUACAGCGGAGGAUGGCCGAACUGGAGAAACUGGAAGAAGCUUUUGGGAAAAGCAAGUCUGACUGCAGCCAGCUCUGUCUAAGCCUCAAUGAGGAAAAGAACUUGACCAAGAAGCUCUCGUCUGAGUUGGAGGCCCUCAAAGCACGUUUGAAGGAGGUGGAGGGAUCUGAGAUAAAGCUAGACAAAGCAGAGCAGGCUUUGGCUAUGGAGCUUGAGAAACUGAAAGGAUUCACCCAGACCUUUAUGAGUGAGCGUAAGAGGCUACUGGAGAAGCAGAGGGAAGACGAGAAGAUCAUUCUCAAGCUGACAGAAAAAUUGGAGCACCAGAAAAAUCGCCUUGGCGUGUCAGCAGACCCUGGUCGUCCAGAUUUCAUGAAGUCACUAAUUGAGGAUGAGCUUUCAUCCACAGUGCCCCUCACAGGUAAACUGGCUGUACGCAAGAAGAGCCUUGAGUAUUUGAAGUUGGCUGAUGAUAACAUCGGUCUUGAGAACAAAUCUGAGAAUGAAAAGAACAGCGGCCUUGAAAGCUUGCAGGAAGACAACAAAGUAAAGGAGCUGACACAGGAAGUAGAGAGGCUGAAGAACCGCCUUAAACAGAUGGAGAUAGUGGAGGAGGAUCUAAAGAGCUCAGAGUCCAAAAAUGGUGAACUUCAUGAGAAGUUCCAGAUGGAACAAAACCGGGCUCGCCAACUGAGCGAGCAGGUGGAACAGCUCAGGACGCAGCUGUGCGGAAAAGUUGGAAUUGGAAGAAAUGGAACCAGUAAUGUGGAUAAACACGGCAAUGGGUGCACUAACAUUAGCCCCAACAACCCCGCCAAGGUCCUGGAGAAUGGCAAAGCUGAGAAUGAAGAGAUUAUUGUGAAGGGAGGUUUCAGACAAGAUAAGCCCAAAUAUAGGAGUGCUGCAACUGUCUCAGAGCCGAGUUCCCCCAAACACAGGAACAGGGAGCUCUCUCCUCAGCAUAAGAGAGAGACCAAGCUGAGGAGCAAAGAUCACAGCCACUCAGAGGAGAUCUCUCCUAAGUCUGUGAGGAGACCUCUCAGUCCUGCUCACAAGAGUAGAAGGACACCCAAACCCUCAACUACUGCAAUUUCAUCUAAUAAUGGAAUAAGAGACACAGGACGAGGAAAUGAGGAAAAGACAAGAGGAGCCAUGUCCUGCUCUGUAAACACAUCCUCUACUGAUAUUAAGAAAGCGCCUGUUCUUAGUCGCUACCCUCCAGCAGCUAAUGACCAGAAGCCACUGAAGACAGCUCACAAACAGACAGAUGGAGAGAAUAAAAAGAGCAGAGUAGAAAAGUAUUCCAAAUUGUACGUAGGUAGUGAUAGCGAAUCAAACAACUCUGACGUAGUGCCUGACAGUGCCAGUAACAUCAACAGUAUCUCUGCUUUAGAGAAGGACACAGCGUCUGCCUCAGAUCAGGAAUCAACAGACCAAGUUCAGGAAUCUGUCUCUGCGUCUGCCGCCUCCACCCUGUCCAAAGCCAAUGGAUCCUACACAGCCUACAGAUCUCGCAUCACUCCAUUGUUGCCCAACGACCAGGGAUCAGAGGGUCAAUCAUCUGCCUCCGAAACAGAAUCUACUGGUUCAAGGCCCUCUGAACCAGAGCCUGUUACUGAGACAACUACUACAACAAGCCUAAGCAGUAGGACUCCAACCUCCAGAUAUCCCAGAAACUCCCUUGUCCAUGACUCACAUUCAGAGGGUUCUUCUUCCCGGAGCUCGUUUGAUGAGGAGCUCCACAACAGACCACUGUUAGCUGAGGGAGGCCAACAGGGGCCCACGCAUACUGCAUCAGGGAUUGAGAUCCAGCGAGUGUGCAGCCCACGGGAGGCGCUUAGGUCAAAAGCUGUCAUCAAGCCUGCGAUUGUUGAGAUUGACAGGAAGGAAGUGAUGAUUUCAGAACCUUUGUCUACAAAUGGCAAACCCAGAAUCUCCACCAAACCUAUGGUGACCACCACAAGUAAAAUGACCAGUAGUAUAACCAUCUACCCCAAUGACCCAAGCUCUUCCAGAACCAGCAGUCGCAGCAGUAGUGUGUCCAGUGAACCUGUGCCGAUUAAAGAACGCCACACCUCCACCAGUAACAUCCUCAUAGGCCCCAGCAGUGAGCACCAUGGCAGUAUCUCCAUCCCGUAUGAGAUCUCCAUUCCUAAGAGCGAGAUCACCUUGCGGCCGUGCCUGGACCAGGACUGUGGGCCGGACGAAACCAGUGAUUCCUCAUCAAAGUCCAAACUCCACAACCCUUCCAGAGUGGAGACCACCACCAGCCACCUGUGCUGCCAACGCAGCAAAAUCAGCCACCACUCCCCGGACACCACUUCCGCAGACUUUAACGACACAGAGUCGGGCUUCGAAAGCAGCAGCAGCACCACCACGUUCACCAGCUGGAGACACCAAAGACAAGGCCAUCACUCCCAAGACGAUAGUUUACCAGACAUGAAGAAUGUGACUAUGAGAAGCACCUGGAAGAACCAGGGCACUUCGUCAGUGGAUGAGACAAGACGGGGAAGAGGAGGUGCAAGAACGAUGGCUGAUGGUGGGUCAGAAGAUGAAGCAGAAGCCGCCACAACAUGGAGGGCUUACCGGGCAACCACCAUCGAUACAGAAGAAAUGAUUCACAGUGGAACAGGAGCUGGUGGGAAUGCUGAGGCACAGAAGGGAGCCAAGCCAUCCCCUGCAGAGGUGUACAUGCGUAGAAUCAACAGUGUGGUUACUAACACCAGAGAAAUUGAGGAACCAGCGCUUCGCCGAGGCAGACAGUCACAGUCUCCCACCAUGGAAGCAAGGGGCCUGGGAAGGACCAUACCCCAUGCACCUGUUACCUCUCAGUCCUGGGCCCGAUCCUACACACAGGAACCACAGGCUGCUGAUAGUGUAGAGCCCAGUCCAAACCCGAGCCACAGCCCAGCCUCAUGGAGGCGGCAGCUACCCAGCAGCGACUCUCACCACCUGGGGAGCUCUUAUGACCGGGCAUCCAAGACAGCAGGGGCCUACUCCAGAGGGGAUCUGUUGUCCAGUCGGGGUCAGGGGUCAGGGGCCAGAGCAGAGGGGAGGAGUGGAGCUGGGAGCAGACCGUGGAGCCAUCGCCACUCUGAGCAUCAUUAGACCAGCUGGGUCUGAGCAGGACUUCUACAGCAAGAGGACAGCACUCCAUUAAGCUCUCAAUGGCACAAGGAAGGCCAAACAUCAAUCUCCCAUCAACUAAUGGCUUCUACCAUCUCCAAAAGUCAACAUCUACAGCUUUUAUAGCAAGUAAAGCAAAGAAAAAUAGCAGUUGCAGCAAUAUAGAACAACAAACCACAGACCUGACAUCCUUACUCUGACCCUAAAUGUUCGCUGAGAUGUGAACAGCUCUUACUAUCCGGACGUUUCUCUGUCCCAAAAGAGGCAUGAAUGGAAAGACAGUGCCUGUACAGUGUUUUGGAGGUUGCCUCACCAGCCCAUGUAUCCUCUUCUGCUUCUCGUGUUGGAUGUAUUAUAGUGUAAUCCCGAAACUUGACAAGGGAGAGGUUGGCAUGCUGGGGACGGCUGGGGAUUUUUCUGCGUGCCAGAGGGUUUAAAGAGAGUGAGAGGAAGAAGGACUCAAACAUUGAGAAUGCCUUUUCUCAGAGGACCAUUACAGUGACCUCAAUGGAUAUAUAUAUCACUUCUACGUCAGAAUUUCAACCUUUCUCCAUCACUGAAAAAAACAACCCAAUAUUCAAUCAACAGCAGUGCAAUGUUUAAGAUGCAUUUUCAUCUCACAGGGCUGGAUCUUCAUGCAGAAUUCUUCACAAACUAAAGGAUCUUUUACCUUUUUUAAUGUGACCAAAAACAGGAAGCGAACCCAUCUAUGCUGACUUGUACCAUGAUAUUUACUUUUGCUUUGAAGGCCAUAUGUGCUUUUUUCAGAUUUUCUCACACAUAAAAAAAAAAUACACAAAACCAUACAAACACAUGCUCAUUUUUAACUUUUGAUUAAUUUUUAAGCUGUGUCACCACUUUCUGGCAUGCAGCCUCAAACUGGAUUUAAUUUGGGGUCUUAGAUGUUGAGCGAACAUUUGCAUGUUUCUAAGUAAAAAAUAAAAAAUUUUAAAAAAAGAAGAGCACUUGAAAGAUUGUGACUCAGCAUGCACUCUGCUUAAAUGAUUGCUGGUUGGCUGCAUUUAAGGAGCACCAACACACCGGGACCUUAUUUAUGCUUUUUGCCAUUUUCACCAGUUAUUUAGAUUCUUUGUAAUUCGCUUCCUGUUCUGCAUUAUCCUUUUCCUUUCUGCUCAACCAUAUCAAAACAAAAAACAUAGUUUGCACGCAAUAAAAUGCAAUGCACAUGUAGAAAAAAAGAAUUGGGGGGAGGGGUCGGGGGGCAUUGUUUAUAACCUCAUCCAUGCUACAAUUUCCAUGGUGCUUUGUUUUACAGCUGUUGCAAUUGUCCUCAUUCAUGUAUUUUGACAGAGCCAUAGCAAAAUGGAGUUUCUGUUUUAACUGAACAUUGGACUUGAUAUUACCAGCAAACCUGGCCUGGUGAGGCGGACAUUUUGUCCGUGCUGCUGUAAAUACUGUGUACAUGCGAGCCAGUCAUUGGAAGACCCAAGACUCCCAAACACAAGGAACUGACAGCUUGUAUGUGACUGGGUUCGCCGUGCGAAUCGUCCCAGCUUAUUUCCAUUUCUUAUUUCUAUAGAGGUGUACUAUUUUGUUACAUCAUAAAAUAUCAACUUGUGGUUGGUAUUUUGGAACAAUCUCUCAUUGGAGGGUGCCACUGCAGCAAUGGGGGUGCCAUAGAAACCAGUUUCGUAGUGACCAGUAAUUGAAAUAAGGUGUUUUCAUUGAGGUAAAUGGUGCAAAUCUAUGACAGACACCAAUGUCAAUCUUUUAACAGGCUUCUACAUUUAUUGCAGGCGAUGUAAACUUUGAUCCCACAACAAUAUGUAUGAAUUGAAUGGAGCUUAGAAUGACCAAUUGCGUGAUGGCUUGAUGCACCAAUCCAACAACAACUGCAUUCUUUGUUUAUCUGACAAGAUCAUGUAACCAUAACUGUGACAACUUGGGACACAUGAAAUCUGUUAAAGAACUCCAUCUAGUUCCUCUGCGGUUAUGGAUUUUAAUGCUGUGUUGUGUCAGACCCUGCUGGGAUAACCUGUUUCAGUCAGUGCAUUUCUCAAUUCUCCAGUAUUCUACCAGCCACCAUCUAGCUGUACUAUUUAUUAGUCUCCAUACAUGUACAGCUUCUUUUAUUGUGAAGAAGUCUGCUGGGUGGCAGGAGCCCAGUAUGUUGCAGCUUUGUCACUUUACUGUUUAUGCAGCAGGAGAUUAUAUGCAAUCAAUAAACUGUCGUCCCAUGCAUUGUAAGUAAUCAUGCUGUACAUAGAGAUCGGUGAUAACUUUCUAACUAAAAUGUUUGUUUACGUUCAGAAUGCACAUCUUCAAAAUGUUCGUUUCCAUUACUUUUAGCCAGAAAAAUCGACAGAAUGUUCAUCUGUGCCUUGAGAUAAUGUAAGGGAGGUAGAUUUUCCCAACAAAUUUAGACUUCCACCAUAUUCUUAUUCUCCCUGUCCAUAUAAAUGACAUGCAAUUCUGAUCAUGAGGUUCAGGUUUUUUUUGUUUUUUUUUUACUUUUAUUUGUUCUCCUUUAGGUGAUCGUUGUAUGGAACAUCGUAAAAGUAUUUUGGUUAAAGCGUGAAAAGAGGUUCUCGGAGGGAACUCCUCCCUGAGGGAUGUCAAAGCAAGGUUCCCUGAGAAAAAGCUUU